UGCUGGCACUUUUACCGAUGAUCCUAAUAAAAAAAUCAAUGAAAAUACCAACCUUACUCCAUUUCGUAAAACAGCGGAUGAAUAUUGGACCUCAAAAACAGUCAGAGAAAUUAUGAAGCUUGGAUACACGUAUCCUGAACUUCCUGAGGGCAAUGAAAUCUCACCACACCAACUUUUAGUUGAGACAAUAAAAUAUUAUCAUCCCAAUGAAUACUUGCGAUACCAUUGGAAGCUCAACUUAACCGUUAAGAAACAUAAAGUUGGCUCACCAUUUCAAAUUCGAGUAUUUCUUGACUUGCCAACAGCAAGCGCGUCAACUCCUAAAAGUAGCCCCAAUUUUGCCGGACUCGUAUCAGUCUUUGCUCGUGGUAAAGAAACUCGAUGUGCCAAUUGUAAGGUUAAUCCCGAAUCAUUGGUGAAUGGCCAUGUUGAUCUCACCGUCUGCAUGCAAAGGCUUUUUAUUAAUUUGAAUGUGAAAAUAGAAGAUGACGGUAGCGUUCUUCCUAACUUGUUGCCCAAUCAGAUUACUCUCAUAGCUGUUGGUAAGGAUGGAAGCGACAUGAAACUUGAAGAAGCCGGUUUGGUUUCCGCGAAUUAUGUAGCAAUUGAUGA